CUUCGAGGCAUCAACAACGAAUCCUUUACUCGUACAGAUGACUCAGGUGUCAGACACUGAUCAUUCAUGAGCAGUCAGAAUGCUAUGUUAGGCGUGUCACGACUGCCCCUAGAAGACUGACGAGUAUGCCACCGCACGGUCGCCAACUGUCGCGGACCUGCGUUUCAUGUUGAACGGUCCGACUUCGACUGUCCAAACACAAUCCGAUACGAUCCGCCAGUUGUCUACACAUCUCACUGCGAAUGCAUCAUAUUCGUGAUGUCUAGAACUGCGUCCACAGGGUCGCUGAAGUCGAGACCUUCUGCCAUAUCUACCAAGUCAUUCACCCGUUACGAACCCGACAAUCCCUCUCCCCCUCCCAACAGAAGUCGAGCCAGUACAGUACAGUCUGUCACAUCCCCAAAGUCACCCAGGAGGGAUGAUGUCUUCGUUAAACCCAUCAAUGAAGAGAAUGAGCCUCCCUCUCCCGACAUGGGACGAUCGCAGACUCUGCCAGACCGAUUCGAUGAAUUGCCGAUAGAACUGGCGAGUCUGGCGGACAGAUUUGUGGAUUCUCUGGGUGCCAAAAUCUACAAUGAGCCUCCAUCGAUCGAUCAAUUAUCGGACUUGUUUCAAGAAUUUUAUGCAAGAGCAAGUGGUGCUAUCUCCAUACAUAUUUCUGCCCUCAGAUCUCGGCUCAACAGAGAUGCAUCACCCGCCCCUGCGAAAGGGUCAAGUUUGACUCCCAAUACCAAGUCCGUAGGCUCUCAACAGAUGUUGACAGCGUCUGAGGUAACAGAGAAACGGAAACAGAGAAAACUCUUAGAGUACAAGAGGAUACUGUUGGAGGAGGCGGUGGAGAGAAGAGUCUGCGAGAAGAUCUACGACAAGAUUUGGAGACAUAAGAGCACGCUAGAUGAGGUAAGGGACGAGAAGUUGCGAUCAAAGACCGCAGCACUGUCCCUGGUAGGCAUCGGCUUGAAGGACCUGGGAAUUGAAUGGAAUGCAGAUACGGAAAAGACUGUGGAGGACAUACAGGUCUCCUUGAUACCGGCAAGGGAAGGGCUUGCGAAGAUGAACGACGAACACUACCCUCUUGGAAAGUUGCAACAUUUGACCGCCGCACAUAAAGCCAUCGUGGACACCUUGUAUUCAAUACACCCGUCUUCAUCAUCUGCCGACGAAAUUCUGCCGACUCUGAUCUAUACCUUGAUCACAUCACCUGUCGAAGGCAUCAACAUCAUCAGUAAUCUCUACUUCAUCCAACGAUUCAGGGCUGCACCGAAGAUGGACGGCGAAGCUGCCUAUUGCUUGACGAAUCUUGAGGCUGCCAUCAGUUUUCUGGAGAAUGUCGACCUUGCAAGUCUGAGAGCAGACGAGCUACCUGAGGGACCAAAGAAGGUGCUCUCACAGACAGGAUCAGAAAGUCCCACCCGACUCGAAGCGUUUCCUCCUCUAGCAGGCACUGCACCUACUCCUUCUACCCCAACCACAGCCACUUCGAUGUCCAGUGCUACGGGCACCAAUGUUGAAGCAAGCCCUGCAUCAUCGAUCAUCAAACCACUCCCGGAAAGGUCGGCUCCGGCACCAGCUACCCGCCAUCAACGCACCUUUUCCGAUCUCCUACAGCCUAUAAGCAAUGCGAACGAAGCCGUGCGCUCUACUGCUGAGGAAGGAUUCAAAAAUAUUUCCAGCACACUAGACAAUAGCUUCAAGUUCUUGAUGGGUAAGCUAAAAGAGCGAAGUAGCGGGGACGCUAAUGCUGAAGUCGUUGUCCCCAAAACGCUUGAUGAAGCCAGGCAGCUCGUCAACCGACCUCUCACACCAGAUGAAGACGAUCACGCUUUGAGUGAAUCAAGCUCACUUUGUGAUGGUCAACAUGCACAGAUACCCCCAAAUCUGACCAAGACCGAAGAUAAAAUGCUGAGUUUAUUUGGAGGCCGCAGAACUACUGUGCGUGAGCGCAGUGUGGACAGCAUGACAAGUAGCGGAAGCGGGAGAAGAGGAGGUUUUGGUGCACCAGCGACCAAUUCCCCACCGAAUGGACUGGCGAGUUUGCAAAAGCCCGCAGCCUCAGCAAUGCAAACAGCCAGCAGCAAUCCCCUUGACUCUGUAAGGAGCUUUGGGACGAGUCUGAACCCUAUUGGUCAUAUCGGUUCGGCCAUAGGAGGUGCAUUUGGACGAUUUGGAGGUAGGACGAGUGUAUCUGCCUCUCCACCUGCUGUUCCUACACCUCCUGCUCCGACAAUUGUCGUUGACAAAGGUGCCACGACCGAUGAACACGGGUCGAAAACGGAGAGCAAAGCAGACGGAGCUGGGACUGUUCCCCUCCGUGCGCCAUAUCGGAAAGAACUCCCGAGUAUUAUGGCGGCUCCGCCCAUGUCACGUUUCAUGUCGAUAACGGAUGCCAGUGAAUUGAAGAUCCGAGAGGUACAAGACUUGCUCAUGGAUUAUCAACGGUUGGCCAAAGUGUUGGGCAAGCUGGUCCAGAAGGCGGAGGACGAAGUCGAUACAGACCACGCCGAUGUCGAGACUGAGGAGUCUGCUGCUGGCAGUGAUCAUGAAAAGACUUGAAAUACAAAAGACUCGGGGGGGUUUGAGUCAGCUUUGUUCGCGAAACAUUGAUGACGACCGCUGUCCGGGCACCGUCAAGGCACGAUAUUUCGGUCCAUGAGUCAUUGAGAAGGCAACGCUUGGUAUGGCAGUGACUCUGUGAAUGAGGGAGCCUUUCCCGCAGACUCAAAUCGGGGUUUAUGGAAGACAUGGUCUACUAUGCCUUGCUUUCUGCGCCGAGGAUGGCGGGAUACCGUUGGCUGGGAGUCCUAUACCGGCAUCAUGUUUCGAGAGUUCCGAUCAUACUACAACAACUAUUACAGGGUUUGCCGUCGAUUCGCAGAGCUCUAGGCGAAUAGCUCUGCCUGCGGAGUACUGAGAGAGGUUGUGUUCGAACGGAUCAACCGUUCGAUCCGGGAGGGGUGCAUGUCCACAUUUCUACAAGAGACAAAGAGAGUACAGGUGAAGGACAUGGUUUGUUUAUUAGAUGUACCAAAUAAAAGCACACGGCGCAUGUUGCCGUCGCCGUGUCUGAGUGAUCAGUUGCUCUGUAGAGUUCCAUUUCCAUUUCCAUUUCCACA